AUGUAUCAAACGAAGGUUUUUUGGUUAUUAUUCAUUAUUCCAUGGGUCGGGGCAGAUAAUAUCGUUUCGAUCGACAGUUCCGUAGCGCCUACUAAAUAUUGUAGAGAUAAAGAAAGAUUAGUAACGUCUGAAGAAAUUGAUGAAUAUUUACUCAUUAGCUCCGAGAUUGAUACGAUCGUUAUAAUGGAAUGUCGUUUUUGUAAUGAUAAAGAGGAGAAACAGACAAUGAUUUGGUACUAUCAAGAUCGGUAUAGAGAAAAUUCUGAGAAAGUGGUUCAAUUGGGAAUGGACAAUAAUAUCUCGUAUAACAGAAUCUAUACGACUCCCGCUCUUUCCUUGGUAAUUAAGCAUCUUGACGUCACAGACGCUGGUAUUUAUCUAUGCCACGGACUGGAAGGACAGGAAACUGAAAACAAAUUCAACUACAGAAUCGAACCCGUUUUUAAGGAUCAUAGCGUCGUACACACGGAACGAGGGAACAUAACUGAAUGGGAAAGAUAUCGGGAAAUAUAUCUGGGAACGAUUACCACUCGAUUUGCCGUGUCUCAAAUGUCGGAAUUGGCUGACAUCCGAGACGUUGGAAUAACGCUACAUGUAAUUUCUGAAUGGGCGUCUUGGAGCCUUUGCGAGCGUUGUAUAGGUAACCGGGGCUACAAGACGAGCGUAGGAAAGUGCCGACUAAAACGUUUGAUAAAUGCGACGAUUGCAAACAAUAGCGAUUCAUCGAUAGUGAAGUUCUUUCGAAGAUCUCCUUUAUUGCCUUGCAAGUCUAUUCUUCUCGAACACGAAUUUCCUGGUGUCAGUACAGCGGUGAAACAUUUACCGGACUUCAUCUUGGAGGAGCGAUGUAAAAAAUGUGUAGGCAGAAAGAAAAAGACUAGAAAGUACAGAUACGUCAAGCGAUUCGUGCUUACGGAAGGAGCUUACCUCACCGUCGUCUGUCCAGAAUCGAGCUUGGAAACGCAAGUAUCAUGGAAAAAGGAUUCAAUUACGCUGGAGAAGGGUGUCCGUCGAUCAUUUCGCAAGUUGGACCCAACCGCUCGAGUGGUGGUAGACGCUUUCGGGACGCUUUAUCUGAUAGACGUGUCCAUUCACGAGGGAGGGAACUACACGUGCUCCAUCAAUAAUGUUAACGUGAUGCAACUGAAAGUUAUCAUUGUUCCUAAAAGUAGACUCCUGACGCGAGGUCUUCUCCGUAGAUGCGUGAAUUGUAGAUCGAGAGGUGAUUUAGGAUCGUGCAAGGAUCCUUUCACUAUGAACUCGACGGAGAUCGAAAUGGAAAGAGGUGUGGAUGCUGUCCCCUGUGCGUCAGGAUGGUGCGGAAAAAUCAUCGAGAGGCAUGGUUUGAACAAUGAAUAUGGCACUGCCACGCAGAGGCUUUGUUUUCAACGGGGCCCCGAUGACGGCGAGGAAAGGUGUGCUUACACCGUGUGGAAUUACAAGAAAGUGUACAUGUGCCUUUGCCAUGGCGACUUGUGCAACGGAACAACAAAACUGAGCAUCACCAACGGAUUAAUUUUCACGACGUUUUGUGUUCUACUUCGAUGGUUCAUCUGA